UGCCUAGCAUGUGCUCAACUCAUUUUAAUACAUGGUGGGCAAUUAUUACCCUUAAGAGAGGCGUCCUGUAGUCACCACCAGCACAGCACAGGGACUCCUUAACCCGGCUCCCCAGUGGCCUGGACAAUGCUGGCAAAACAACCAUCCUCAAAAAGUUCAAUGGGGAAGACGUAGACACCAUCUCUCCGACGCUGGGCUUCAACAUCAAGACCCUGGAACACCGAGGAUUCAAGCUGAAUAUCUGGGACGUGGGCGGCCAGAAGUCCCUGCGCUCCUAUUGGCGGAACUACUUUGAGAGCACCGACGGCCUCAUCUGGGUGGUGGACAGCGCAGACCGCCAGCGCAUGCAGGACUGCAGACGGGAACUCCAGAGCCUGCUGGUGGAGGAGCGCCUGGCUGGAGCAACCCUCCUCAUCUUUGCCAACAAGCAGGACCUGCCUGGAGCUCUGUCCUCCAGUGCCAUUCAGGAGGCACUGGACCUGGCCUCCAUCCGCACACACCACUGGCGCAUCCAGGGCUGCAGCGCCUUCACGGGGGAGGACCUGCUGCCCGGCAUCGACUGGCUCCUGGACGACAUUUCCAGUCGCAUCUUCACCAUCGAUUGAACCACUGCGAUGUCCCCCAGCUCACAGGCCAGGCCCCCAGACCUGUCAGCUAGCCAGACUAACACUCCUCCCCCGCCCCCACCCACUAUGACCUGCUGCUGCUACCACUGCCCCCUGCUGCUUUCCCGGGCAGAGGGCUGUCCCAGCCUUCACCCUGGCUCCCAGCUGUGCCAAGAGGACAGAGCUGGGCCCAGAGGGGCUGCCUGCUGCUACUGAGGCCCAGGGCUGCAUCCUCUGCUCAGUGGUGAGAAUAAAGCACUCCUUGCCCGGUUCCUGGCUGAGCCAUUUGUCACCACCUUUAGAACCCACCUGGCCCAGAAUCCAGCAGGGCACAGACAGGAGCAGAGAGUUCAGCCCAGCACAGGGCUAUAGAUGAUUCCAUCUGCAGGAGUCCAGGUGGGCUUCCCAAAGGAGGUGACAACAAAGCUGGAAAUGAAAUGAGUAGAAAUAAGGGUUCUGGGUAGAAGAAGGAGAGCCAGUUCACCAGAGUAAUUGUUGCCCUCAAAGGUGUGAGUUAGAAAAAGGGACAUGGCCCCAGACCAGGGCCAUAGAUCAUCAAAUGGAACAUGGGCUGAAAUUCAACCCCCAAUUCGCCACUGCAGCUGGGACCCCUUGUGCGGUGGACAACCUGCACAGCUGUAGGAGACCGUGACUCAGGCAGUGUCAUACAACAGAAAAAUGAAAUGCCAGGGCUCUUGGGAAAUGGAGAGGGGCAUGCAGGGAGAUGGAGGAGGGUGGCUACAUGGGGCCUUCCCUGAAGGCUACAGAGCACUGAAGCAGGGCCACCUAGGACCUCAGUCGGGCAGUCAGACUGACAGGUGUCUUCGGGCCUUAGUGACUGCUAGCUGUGCAGGUCAGGGUUCUGUUGCACGCACUCCUGGGGCCCAGUGCAGGUAAGGACAGCACUGCUCAAUGUAUGCUUAGCAUCCCUGUCCAGCAUCCCCAUCCAUUCCAGCAGAGCUCUCAGGAGGCUAAAUGAGCCUCACCAACCCUCCCAGCCAGGAAGCAGGGAGCUGGGAUUUGAACCCAGCACAUUCCAUCCUGCUGCCUCCUGUGAAAACAUGGACCUAACCAUCUUCAGUUGUCAUCUGCACUCCAAAUGCCAGGGUCAGAAGCCUGCCCAGCCCAGCCUGAACCCUGCUUUCCUCUUGGUGAGGGCUUGCUGCAGGCCUGCUGGGCUGUCCUAGGGCAGAAGGGCAGUUUCCCGAGGGGAAAUUGGAUGCUGUUAGCAAAAGCAGAACACAUAGGACCCCUUCCCUCCAUGCCCAGCCUCACCCCUGCCAGGCGAACCACCCCACUUCCCAGCCACCCUUGGACCCUUCCCUGAGGGGGCAAGACUUAAGUUCAGCUAGGGGAAGAAGGAACCAGAUGUGUGAACAAGCUAUACCCCCACCCUGUCCUUACAGGACAGACUGAGUGAGGCUGCCUAAGGGGUGAAAGAAGAACAUUCCAAGAAACUUGAGUUAAAUGUCUCCCAAGACUAAGUUUUGCUUUCUUUUCCUUUUUUUGUUUUGUUUUUUGGCUUUUGAAAAUAGGGUCUCACUAUGUAGCCCAGGCUGUCCUCAAACUUCCUUCCUCCUGCCUUAGCUUCCCCAGUGCUGGGAUUCCAGGCAUACACAGUCACGCUGGAGUGUUGGUGUUCCUCUUGCAUGGAGCAGGAAUCGGCCAUAACAAAACCCAAACCAGACAGAUCGACAGGCUUGUUUUGAUCAUUUAUGUUUUCUUUUAGAUUUACAUGGUCGACAUGGUCACUGACCUUCACCAAAGCAAGAUUAAUAACCAACCCUGGGCCCACGUCUGGGAGCUGCAUUCCUUUCCUUGCAAAAACCACAUCUGAGGCUCAUGCUUAGGGCAAAUGGCAAGGGCGUCUGACCCACCAUCCUCCAAGCUGGCUCGAUAUUAAUAAAACUCUUCUCCUGUCACUGUGUCCCAGGUCGUUGGCUUUACAGGAUGGCAGCAGAAUAGAGCCUUUUCUCCAUUGGGGGGGGGGUGGCUCUCCCACACACUCCCUAGUGCUGAUCAUGUCACCUGACUUGGCUGUCCCUUGGUUUCCCCAUGUAGGGAAGGCUAAUGCUGCUGCCUGAGGUUGAAAUGAGGACCAGAUGGGUUGGCUUCUUGUGUAUCAUAAGCAGUGUA